CCGUAGCUUUAAGCUUACUUAAAUUUAAGAUCCGAUCUAAAAUACUCUAGUACUUAAGUAAAUUGACUCUAUUCAGAUACCUAAGCUACAUGUAGAUUCUAUUAAUUACAUGUAUUUAUUAGCUUUAUCAACCUCUUUCGAAAUAAAGAACUAAUUGUAAUCUCAACAAACCCUCAUGUGCUCUCGACAACAUUGGCAACAUUAAAUUAAUCGAGUCCUAUCCGAAACGGUUCUUAUAUUCCCGUUUUCAAAUUAGGAAUAUAGAGAUCCGUAAACACCAUGACUACCAACCGAAAUCCCGUGCCCGUUGAGUUAUGGCGACAUCCAAACCCCUCCUCAACUCAGCUAUACAAGUUCCUAGAGCAUGUGAGAUCUAAAUAUGAUGAUAAUAUCAAAGAUUAUCCAUCUUUAUAUAAAUGGUCUGUCGAAAACAUUGCCGACUUCUGGGGUGAAGUGUGGCAUUUCUGCGGCAUAAAGGCAUCUAAGCCAUACUCAUAUAUCUUACCGGAUAAUGCACCUAUGUUCCCUAGGCCCGACUUCUUCUCCGGAUCACUCCUGAACUUCGCAGAAAACCUCUUGUUUCCAGCCAACGUAGACAUUGCAGAGACCUCUAUUGCUGUUAUAACAACUACCGAAGCUGAAGGACACCUCGAGCCCACAACAUGGGCCGAAUUGCGGGAAGCAGUGCGGCGAUGCUCCAAUGCGUUGAGAGCUGCUGGCUUGAAACCCAAGGAUGUAGUUGCAGGUUUCGUAUCCAACCAUACCGGAGCUCUCGUGGCGAUGCUAUCCGCGGCCGCCAUCGGAGCGGUGUGGACAGGAAUGAGCCCGGAUACUGGCGUGAGUGCCGUUCUUGAUAGAUUAGUUCAGAUUGGACCUAAGGUCCUGUUUGCGGAUAACGGAACCGUGUACAACGGCAAGUCGUGGUCUAGCACGGGGAAGACGUCCCAAAUAGUCGACGAGCUCAAGUCAAAGGGCUUAGAACUCGUCGUUGUCAUAAACAAUAUCCAAGAUUUCGAUCUAGACUUAUCAACUCUAAACUCGAAGGGGCUUGCGGCAGAGGAAUACAAGAGCUUUUUGAAAAGUGGAAACGAAGGACCCUUGAGAUUCGAACAACUUCCGCCAUCACACCCCCUUUACGUCCUAUAUUCUAGCGGUACGACUGGCCUACCAAAAGCUAUAGUCCAUACCGCGUUAGGUACUCUUAUCCAGCAUAAAAAGGAGCACUACCUUCACUGUUCGAUGAAUUCAACUUCCAGGAUGCUUUAUUAUACGACUACCUCUUGGAUGAUGUGGCAUUGGAACAUAUCGGCACUUGCGUGCGGGACAACCUUGGUUCUAUACUCCGGCUCGCCUUUCAAGCCACAUGGACACCUUUCUCUACCCAGACUCCUGUCCUCGUUGAAGGUUACCCAUUUCGGUACCUCAGCUGCUUAUCUUACCACUUUGGAAACCCAUGGUAUCUAUCCUGUACGAUCGCAUGAUCUUUCCCACCUACAGGCAAUCUACUCGACGGCGUCACCUUUACCGCCGUCAACCUUCUCCUUUGUCUACGAGGCAUUCCCCGCUCACGUUAACUUGGCUUCCAUCACUGGCGGUACUGAUAUUAUAUCCCUUUUCGGCGCCCCAUGUCCGUUACUCCCUGUUUACGUAGGCGAGAUCCAAUGUGCAGGGCUUGGCAUGGCCAUUGGUGUGGUAGAUUCUAUCAGCGGCGCUCCAACACCCGGUGAGGACGGAGAGCUAGUAUGUACGAAACCAUUCCCCUGCCAGCCCCUAACAUUUUGGGGCCCCGACGGCGAAGCCAAAUAUCGUGGCAGUUAUUUCGAACGCUUCGAUAACAUAUGGCACCAUGGAGACUUCGUAAGAAUUGACGUCAAAACUGGUGGCUUGACCAUGUUGGGACGUAGUGAUGGUGUUCUCAAACCGGCCGGUGUACGAUUCGGUAGUGCAGAGAUUUAUAACGUAUUAACAAGGUUCUUCGGUAGCGAGAUUGAAGACGCGGUUUGUGUUGGCCGAAGGCGAGAGACGGACCGUGAUGAAACGGUUUGCUUAUUCGUCGUCAUGGCCGAAGGAAAUGAAUUCUCUCCUGAAUUGCAUGAGAAAAUCAAAAACAUGAUUCGGAAGGAAUUAAGUCCACGACACGUCCCCGGCGUGAUAGAGGAAUGCGGAGCAGGAAUUCCGAAGACCGGGAAUGGGAAAAAGAUCGAGGUCGCAGUCAAACAGAUUCUUUCAGGUAUCAAUAUCAAGACGAAUGCUAGCGUGGCAAACCCUGAGGCUCUGGCUUGGUUUAAGGAAUGGGCAACCCGGAAUGAUUAAAGUGGUGUAGAUAGAAAGCGACUAUACUCAACAGAAGCCAAUGGAUUAUGUUAUUUAGAAAAAAUAGAUGAAUGCGCACCUUAGAAGGCAUGAGGGCAUAGACAUGGCAGCUAACCUAGUAAAGGGGCAAGUAUACGUGCGUGCACAUUCACCACAUAAGCCCUAUUAACCUUGACUUCUCGUCAUCU